CGCAUGCGCGGCACGCGGCGCACAGGCGCAGUUGCGGCGCUGCCGGCCCGGGUCUGGCGGGGGGCGGGUCGCGCGGCGCGAUGGCGGAGGCCGGCGGGGAGGUGGUCGCUGUUCCCGCAGCCGGGGCCGCCAACGGCCUCGGCCCUGGGGCCGGCGGGACCGCGGCGCCGACCAGCAACCCGCUGUCGCGGAAGCUGCGUAAGAUCCUGGAGACGCGGCUGGACAACGACAAGGAGAUGUUGGAAGCUCUCAAGGCACUUUCAACCUUUUUUGUUGAAAAUAGUUUGCGGACUCGAAGAAAUUUACGUGGAGAUAUUGAACGCAGAAGUUUAGCCAUCAAUGAAGAAUUUGUGAGCAUUUUCAAGGAGGUGAAGGAAGAACUUGAAAGUAUAAAUGAAGAUGUGCAAGCAAUGAGCAGCUGUUGCCAGGACAUGACGAGUCGCCUCCAGGCAGCAAAGGAACAGACUCAAGAUUUAAUAGUAAAAACCACCAAGCUUCAAGCGGAAAGUCAAAGAUUAGAAAUAAGAGCUCAAGUUGCAGACGCCUUCUUAUCCAAGUUCCAGCUGACUUCUGAUGAAAUGAGCCUCCUCCGAGGAACAAGAGAAGGACCUGUUACUGAGGAUUUUUUCAAGGCACUGGGGAGAGUAAAACAGAUUCAUAAUGAUGUCAAAGUUCUCCUGCGUACAAACCAGCAAACUGCAGGUUUAGAAAUUAUGGAGCAGAUGGCCUUGCUUCAGGAAACAGCUUAUGAAAGGCUUUACCGAUGGGCUCAAAGUGAAUGCAGAAUGCUGACGCAGGAAUCAUGUGACAUACCUCCAGUGUUAACUCAGGCAAUGGAAGCCCUGCAGGAUAGGCCUGUCUUAUACAAGUAUUCCCUGGAUGAGUUCGGCACGGCCAGGAGGAGUACCGUUGUCCGCGGAUUCAUCGACGCCCUGACCCGAGGAGGCCCCGGAGGGACGCCCAGGCCCAUUGAAAUGCACUCCCACGACCCUCUGAGGUACGUGGGGGACAUGCUGGCGUGGCUCCAUCAGGCUACUGCCUCUGAAAAGGAACACCUCGACGCCCUCUUAAAGCGCGUGACUACGCAAGGUGUUGAAGAAAAUAUUCAAGAAGUUGUUGGACAUAUCACCGAGGGUGUGUGCAGGCCCUUAAAGGUUCGAAUUGAACAAGUAAUAGUUGCUGAACCCGGGGCAGUUUUAUUAUAUAAAAUUUCCAACCUCCUUAAAUUUUACCACCAUACAAUCAGUGGCAUUGUUGGAAAUAGUGCAGCUACAUUACUGACGACCAUUGAAGAAAUGCACUUGCUGAGCAAAAAGAUAUUCUUCAAUAGCUUGAGUCUUCACGCAAGUAAAUUAAUGGACAAGGUUGAGCUCCCACCACCUGAUCUUGGACCAAGUUCUGCAUUAAAUCAGACACUCAUGUUGUUGCGUGAAGUUUUGGCAUCUCAUGAUUCUUCAGUCAUACCGUUAGAUGCCCGCCAAGCUGAUUUCGUGCAAGUGCUGUCCUGCGUCCUGGACCCUCUCCUCCAGAUGUGCACGGUGUCCGCCAGCGGCUUGGGCACCGCCGACAUGGCCACUUUUAUGGUCAAUUCCUUGUGCCUGACCAGGACGACGCUGGCUCUGUUUGAGUUCACUGACCGGCGCCUGGAAAUGCUGCAGUUCCAGAUUGAAGCGCAUUUGGACACACUUAUAAAUGAGCAAGCUUCCUACGUGUUAACUAGAGCAGGCUUGAGUUACAUCUACAGCUCUGUGCAGCAGCAUAAACCUCAGCAGGGCCCGUUGGCUAAUUUGCCCAACCUCGAUUCCGUGGCACUGAAGGCUGCAAUGGUUCAGUUUGAUCGCUAUCUGUCGGCCCCAGAUAGCCUGUUAAUGCCACAGCUGAACUUCCUUCUGAGCGCCACAGUGAAAGAGCAGAUCAUAAAACAGUCCACAGAAUUAGUCUGCAGAGCCUAUGGGGAAGUGUAUGCUGCUGUGAUGAACCCAGUCAGUGAAUACAGAGACCCAGAGAGCGUCCUGCACCGGUCCCCGCAGCAAGUGCGGGCACUGCUUUCCUGACGGGCCUGUCCGAGUGUGUCCGGGUACUCACGUCUGCAAAGCACUGCAGGGAGCCUUGUUUUUCAGUGUGUUGAUCUUCACUUCAAAACCGAUGGUCACCAUUCUCUUGUAUCCUAAGCUGGCAGGGCCUGCUGAUCGCUCUGGCCGCAGCCACGUCUAAGUAAGUGGCGUGUGGCGGCCUGAGCUGGUGGCGCUCUGAGCUUGCUGUCUGGGUGGAGGUGCUCUGUGCUCUGCCGGCCACCUCUGCAGCUCUGAAGUGUCCCUUCUGUUGGAACACAGGUGCAUGGGAGAAGGUAGCACAGGGGUUUGAGGGACUCUUUUUUAAACAAGAUUAAUUCUAAAUUAACCAUACAUAAAAAAUUGUGUGAAUUUAAGAAGUAGUAUGAUGAUAUGACCUAAUGUCUCUUCACCUGGAAAUUCAUCUGCUUUCUUACUGGUUCUUAAUGUGAGUAGGCAUAAUUAAACUGAGGAGCAGAAAUACACACUCAGUAAAAGGGGACAAAGAGAGGAGUAAUUUAAACAGGGUAGAUUCCACUCUUUGCGUGCCCUGGACUGAAGUCAGCAUGAAGUUCACCACUUUGAAUGGGUUUUUGGUUUGUAGACGUCCUGUGCUGCAUGCAAGUCUAAUGUUUAAACAUAGAUAUUUGUUGCACAGUGUGGACUGUAAAUCCAGUUGUCAACAAGUUCCAUCUGGCGUUCAAACCAAAGAAAUAAUGAUCUGCUCUGGCACUGGAGGAGAAAUGCCAGGGCAAUUGCUGAUUGGCAAUGCGUCUGUCUUCUUGGUGGCCCUCACAAAGAAUGAUCUGAGGUCUGACUUUAGAACUUUACCUGUGAGAAAGAUUCCAAAUGACUCUGUUUUUCGAACAAAAAUAAAUUUUUCUCUAUUUGAUGUGAUUUGACUUUCUUGGUAAGAUUUCAAGGAUGAUUCUUAUUAGAAAAAUAUUUUUAAUUUCUGAUAAAUCUAUGAAAAGAGGUAAGUCCCUAAAUUAUAAAUGAGAAAACUGAGGCAUGAAAAGUAGUAAGAUAAAUUUAAUAUUUAUAUAGCAUAAUAUAUAACAAAUUAGUAUUCACAGAACAGGGCCUAUUCAUCUAUCUGAAAUUUGUGAUUGUUUAUACUAAUAUGAUUCUUCUGGAGCAAGAGUGCUUAUAUACCAUCUCUUAUGGCAUAAAUCUAUAUUUUUAACCUUUUUCCUUGAAAGAGUAUAUGUGAUAUAUAAAAGAGAAAAUAAAGUGUGAUAUAAUCACAAGGUUAAAUUUCAUAUAAUUUCUACUGGAAAAAGAUUGUUGCCUAUGCAUUAGUGAAUUUUUGUUUUCUAGGAAAAAUGUGUAUGUAUUUGUCUUGUUCCUAGUUUUCUCAAAUAAAAUAUUAAACUAUU